AUGAGCACAGCCCACCCGCAAUCCUCCAGUUUACCGAACGAGCUUGGUACGCUAAAUUUCCUGACAUACAAGAAUUGCUGGAAGGUGUUUCUGUGCGAAGUACCGCCCGCUGAUCAAUUGUACCUAAUACGGUAUGUGCGGAAGGAGACCAGGAUUCGUUUUUGUGCUUUGGGCUUCAACUUCGUAGCGCGUAGCCUUGCUGGGAGCGCCUCGUCAUUCCAAAUUUCGGCCGCCGCGGUCCCGCCUGCUGUUGAUGUUAACGUUACACCACUGGCACGUGUUAAGGUGUGGUGGGUGCUCCGCGGAUGGGGUUGCAAGGCAAGGGAGGCAGGCUUUUUGCAGAGAGACUCUGAGAGAGGCACUGUUGCAUUCGUUGCAUUACAUGUUCUACAAACUCUACAGGUAGUGGGCGCAACUGACAUCAUCCGACAAGGGUGGGGGGGCUUCCGCAACGCCUCGCGCCGCGCCGUGCCGCGCCCAGUCUUCAUCCUGUGCUCUUGGCUCGUCGUGCAUGAUCGUGCGUUAUCAGCAGGCUCUUCGGCUGUGAGACGCGGACUCCGCUGCGGCCUGGCACUGCACUGCACUGCACUGCACGUUGACCGACCAGCGGCAUUGGAAUUUGGGGGACAGAUCGCAUCGUCGAGAGAACUGGCCUGGCCACAGCACAGCCUGGAGAUUGGAGAAGCAGAACAGAUCGCGUGCCAUUACGUAGAGCUGCUGAAGCGAGGCGCAUGGUGGAGGGUCAACUCCUCCGACUCCAACAGCACAGGCGCAGGCGCAGGCGCAGGCCCAGGCCCACCCCUGAGCCUGACAUCCAUCCAUACCACACUCCUACCUGCAUCUCCCAUACAUACGAACACGCACGCCCACGCCGACGCGCGCAUCGAAGCGAAGCGAAGCGAAGCCGAAGCCUUGCAAGGCCGCUGCAGCUGCAGGGCAGGCCAGGGCAGGGCUGGUCCAUAUAUCUGCCUUUUAGCUUCCGUGCCUUCGAUCGCGUCGACGCCCUGUCAGAAAUGUGUACAGGGUAAAUGCCAGAUCCAGAACGACCAACUUGCACGGCCAGCCCGCGAAACUCUAGGUAAGCUCCACUCUCUACAACCAAAAUGGACGUUGGGCACGAAGGGAACGGCUGCUGUGCUGGCGAGGCAGUCUGCUGCCACCACGCCGACCGCACAUCUGCCAGAGCCGCACUCCCUCCUCGUCCGUGCCCACACCGAGCCUGAGAGUGCAAUCUGCUAUCGCGCCACCCUGCUGCUGCGAACCCAACGUUGCACAGCGUCGCCCAUCCGCCGCCCGCCCGCCUGCCUGCGAAAGAAACAUGUGCUGACCACACACACCAUGGAGCAGACCAAGACCUCCUCAUAUACCGGCGCCAGCCUCAAACGACCGCGCCCGCGUUCCUCCAUCUCCUUGGGCUCCUCGUCGAUCCUCGUCCCUCGAGUCAAGCCGAUCGCCGAACUCACCAUGUCCUACAACCACCGGCCGCUGUCGCCAGGUGGCAGGCGCCUCCAGAAUUCCGCUCGCCUGUCCGACAACACCUUGAACGAUUCUUCCCACUACCCCCAGCGACAUAACUCCUAUGCCUCGCCAAGAACCAGCACCAGCGGUGUUAUCCCCAUCUCCACCCAGACAUUCAUCAAUGUCCCUCCACCUCAGAAUCCUCGACCAGUCCUGCAAUACGAUUCCUACUCGGGCAGACCACGACGCUCGUCACUCGUCGAUACUUCCCGAGCCUCUGCUGCAAGUGCCAUUGCCAGUACAACUCAGCUGCCCUCUCGGAGCAGACCGACAAUCAUUCAGCAGGACAUUGGUCGUCCAGCCAGCCCCACCAAGAUCAGCACACGCGACACGAAGGACUACUAUGUCACGCCAGUAUCGUCACAGGAGCCUCGUACAACCAUGACCACCCACAAGAAACUCUACAGCGUUGAUGGAGACGGCAGCGCCAAGCUUGUGGCUGACGUCAAUAUCCCUGUUGAGGCAGGAGGAAAUCGACAUCACAAACGAAGAGAAAGCGUCGAGCGAGGUGGCUAUAGAUCGGUAGGAGUGGAGCAGCAGCGGGACCGUGGAAGGGUCGGCCGGAGCUACCAUACGAACGGUACCCACAACCGCCCACGAGAUAAGAGCAUUGACGACGAGGAUGCAUAUUCGUACACAGACGCUGCAGGCAUGUAUCGCGACACCGAACCAAGAUGGAGAGAUGUCCGACCAAGACGAGGCAGUGUCGACCGUGGAGGUGCCACAAGUCGCGAGCGUCCUGUGAGCCUUCUUGACCCAACUUUCGGACAGCGGCAGCCUGCCAAGGAUGCCGGCCCUCCGCCAAGCACCCGAGGCUGGGACCGGGUAAACGACCACCUUGGAAGGACGAGUAGCGUGAGAGAGCAGCCGCGUGUUGCGCAAUCACCCACGCGUGGCAGAGCCUACACGGAGUACAAUGACCCCAGAGACUCGUACUAUGUGCCGCCAAGAACCAAUUCCUCGGACCGCAGGACCACUGUGCAUCAGCCUUAUGAUGCUUAUGAAUACGACCGGGAGCCAAGACGGACCGAGCGUCGCCACAGCAUCACUCGUGACGGCAAUAGGCUAGACAGAAGUGUGGAACGACGAGGCUUUGGAAUUGCCCCCGCAGCUGCCGCCGUUGCUGGAAUUGCUGCGGCAGGCGCUUACCGUGAAGGAAGCCAGACCAGAGCUGCACGAGGCGAUGGUCGAGGAAGUGAUGAGAGCUUCGAACGACCUCAAUACCGGGACUCGGGCUACCCACCUUCGGAACCACAUCGACGAGACGCCGCUCCUGAGCUGCAUCAACAUGACUAUCAACGACUCGAGCAGGAAAAGAGAGAUCGCGAAUAUGCUCAAAGGAUCCAAGCGGAAGAACGUGAUCGUCAACGUGAGCGAGAGCUGCGUGAUGCUCAACCUAGGCGAGACGAUCGUGGCUAUGACCGAGACUACGAGAGGGAACGAGAUCGCGCUCGAGACCGGGAGUAUGAGCGCGAUAGGGAACGCGAGAGAGAGCGCGCCCGACAGAUGGAAGCACCGUCUGAUCGUGAUAGGGAUCGAGAGCGGGACCGCGAUCGUGAGCGACACCAUGAACGCAGAGGCACUGAUCGUGGCGAGCAUGGUCGUAAAGAGAACAGUCCUCGCCAAAGCGGUGAAGCUCUCAACUCCAAGACUGGACUCUCUCAGGCAGCCACAGGAGGUCUUGCGGGCGCUGCUGCGGCAUUUGGUCUCACAGGUCUGCUCAACAAGGUCUCUGACAAGCGCGACAAGGACAAGGAGCGAGACGACGAAAAGGACAGGGAGCGUGAACGUGAACGUGAACGACAUGAGCGUCGCCGUGAUGAAGAGCGCGAGCGCGAACAGGAACGAGACCGAGACCGAGAGCGCGAGCGGAGGCCUGCCAGCGAUGAGCCACCUCACGAACGACAACAAGACCGUGAUCGCGAAAAGCAAGACAAAGGCCUGGGCUUUGCGUUUGAAGCCCCACCUGAUCCACCAAGAAGCGCACCUCCUAUGGACCUCCGACCACCCACAAAUCCGGAAUGGCAGCAAGAGCGCCCUCAACCGCCUCGAACCGAGGAGCGUGUGCCAGAUCGCUCAUACGACAGAGGAUCUGACCGUGCUUCCGAGCGACCGGUCGAAAGAGCCCCAGAGCAUGUCCCAGAACCUUACCAAGAUCGACAAGCUCCGACUGGCAAUCAAGAACGCCCUGCUCCACGCGAGCGUGAAACUCAGUACGACAGCCAGGCGACAGCUCAGAUGCCCGCCCUCCCUGUCGAUCCUGAUGAGGAUUAUCGCCGCCGAAUGGAGCAGAUUCAGCGCGAAUUAGGACGCACGGGAGAAUCAUCUCAGAACUCAGACUCCGAUCCUGAUCGUGAACGUCGCCGGCGCGAGCGGGAGCAGCGUCGACGUGAACAGCGAGAGAGUCGCGGCGGUGCUGCUCCACCGGCUCAGAUGCCUACCAUGCCAGGAGCGUUCAUCGAUGACUUGUCAUCGACGGUCACCGGUACCACAGCAUCUGAGAGCACUGUCGUAGGCGGCGACCGUGACCUCCGCAGGAAGCCAAGCAUUCUUGACGGCCCCAUGACGAACGAGUCCGCGCAGAUUAUUGACAACAGCAUGAGCGACAAGCGCGAGAAUCGUGUGCGCAUCGUCGAUCCACCUACUGCAGAAGAGGAAGAAAGGAGGCCCAAGGGUAUCCUGAAGAAGCCAACCGAGAAGUUCCCGGAGCACCCUGACGCUAUCCGCGAAGGUGUUGCACCGCUCAAAGAUGUAAGUUCUUCGCUGGAAACCAUUCCACUUUUCCAUGCUGAUCGAAAUAGGCCACGAAGAAGGGAAUACCGCCAGGUGCUCGCCCUAGAAGCAUCUCAUGAACGUUUCGAAGAGCGCCUUGACUGCGUCAUCGUGCUGCAGGUAAAUGACCCCAGUCUUCUUUUGGAAUUUGUUCUCUCUCCCUACAAGAAUUAUGCGGAACCAGUCCAGACCAAUCCUGCAUGGAUGGGGCAUCAAGGACUGAUCGUGCCCAAAAGGCAGCAAGAUCAUCAACAAUGCACCUUCAACAGGAGUCCCCCGACGGACCUGCAGCUGAAAGCGCAACCACCACAAGCUCAGCGACAGUCACCACACCUCAUCCACGAUGAGCGCAUUGACACCAACGCACAACCAAGCCUAGAAGAGGCGCGCCUGGAUCAAGAGCAGUGGGGGGGCUCGAGAGCGUGGCUUUCACAACAAGCGUCACCGCUGCGCUCACUAACGCAAUAUGCUCAAUCAACAGACAAGCGAUAUGACGAAGAUCGAAAAGCAAAACGAAGCACUCGCAAUCGCGACCGAUCCGAGCGAGACGAGUACGAAUAUAGCGAUAGCGAGGACGAGUUCAAGUCCAGACCACCCAAACUGCUGGAGGCACCUUCAACUGCGGGCGCCAAUCAAGCAGAUUUUAUCCAGAAGCCAUGCCGUACAAUAUGUCAGGUGGCCUCGGGGCCAGAGAUGAUCGCAGCAGAGAAGAAUCACGAUCGAGAUAUUAAAGGAAGCAUCAAGACUGUUCGCUACAGCCACGGCGUUGGGAUGAAAUUCUGGCAUACGAAAGCCGAGCUGACAUCCGGUUCUGGCUAUGAGGAUGAGAAGAGAGAAGAAGGUCAUGAGGAUUUCGAUUCGAGCGAGCAAGACAUUCCCAUUAUCGAUACCAAUAUUUUGUUUCUUUCGAUCGUCACCUUUGCUGGUAGACUACUACUUCAAUACCAGCUGACCUCUAUCACGCAAACUUUAUGCAUUCGAGCCCAAAUGACGCUUACAGUACCGGCCUGUACCUUGCUGCUACUCUUGCUGGAGACGAGAUCGAAGGAUUGCUUUGGAAACAUGUGUCCUGGUUUAUACCAUGCCAUUGAGGAAAAUCUGGGUUUGUUGCUGAGAUGUCGCCUCAUUCGCGAAGCCUCACUUAUGAAAUCCACCUCACCGCUGGUUUAUAAGCGAGCAUUUCCGUCUUACGGCGUCAUCGGGCUUUCUGUGCUAACAAGAUCUCCUCCCCUUUACUGUACCGUCAUCUUCAGAGGUCGUAGAUUCCCAUCCGUCUACCGGCUUCUCUUGACCUUCUUGCUCUCGGCUGUUGUCCCUUGGCUAUCGCGGGAAAGCAGAAUGAACGUCAGCAUGCAAGACCUUCGGCACAAGAACCGGAACACGCUUCUUCUCUUCUUGCUCUGCUGUUGUUACUCGGCUAUCGCAGAAAAGCAGAAUCCAGGAUGCAAGUCCAUCAGCACAAGAACCGGAACACGCUUCUUCUCUUUAAAAGGGACCAAGGUUUUCAGACGUGAGAAUGAUGCUAUGGAAACAACUAAUAAGAGAGACCGUGACUGCAAAGCUUUUCAACUUCGAGACUGGCAAGUAUAA